AAACCAUUAUUUGCUCUUGCCUCACAGCCCCUAGAAAACACACCAAAUUAUAAACAUAAGGCAGCAGGUUUCCGAGAAACAGACCCUGUUGGGGAAAAGGCGGGCCCACUGCGCUGCAGGCUCCGGGCUUCUCAGCUUGAGACAUAUUUCUCAUUCCUUCCUUAUUCACUAUUCUUCCAGCCUCAAAAGCCAAGAGAUGCCCAAGGAACAGCAAGAGGUGGUUAUCCUGGGAGGACCCCACACCUCGACUUCUGCGACUACCACCACAAUCAACAUGCCUGCUGAGAUCUCCACGCCUGACCACGUGGUCUGGUCCCUGUUCAAUACGCUCUUCAUGAACUUCUGCUGCCUGGGCUUCAUAGCGUAUUCCUACUCUGUGAAGUCUAGGGACAGGAAGAUGGUGGGUGAUGUGACUGGGGCCAAGACCUACGCCUCCACUGCCAAGUGCCUGAACAUCAGCUCCGUGAUCUUUACCAUCCUCAUGGCUAUCCUCACGAUCAUUCUUUACGCCACUAAAAGAGCAUAGCCAUCUUGCAGCACCUCACGGUAGAUAACAGAUUCUGGGGCCUUCCAGUCUGCCCCAAACUCUAGUCUUAGUCCUGCCUGUUUACCCCACACAUAUGCAAAUGUUAUACUCACAUGGCUGUUCACAGUGGAUUCAAUAAAAUACAUGUGCUGCGACCUUCUGUCCCUGGA